AUGAGCACGAACCUCUCUCUUCCUUUUCCACAACCGUCGGCCUCGGGUGCACACAGCUUCACCGAUCUUAACUCGAACAUAUCCCAUGACGGCAGCUCCAAGAACCUCGCGUCAAACUAUAUCCCGUACAAGUUCUCUGCCUUUGGUUCGGGCCCUCGAAGGCGUAAAGGCGGGGCAAAGCUUCUUCUUGAGCCGGACUUGCCAAAGCAAGGUGGAGGGCGGGACGCUUUCAGAGCGGGUGAGGCCCGGAUGCCGGCGGAAGGGGAUGAGGACUACGAUGGCGUUGAUGGGGCCGUGUUUUGGGAAGGGAACACAAGGCGAGCGACCAAGAGUCGGCAACGGAUGCGGUGGAACAAGUUCAAGUGGGCAUUGUUCAUCGCCAACCUCUGCCUCUCCGUCUAUGCCCUCGGGGGCCUUAUCGUUUGUAUUCUUGUCUGGCUCGACACAUUCACCAACGCUGAAGUUAUCCGCGUCGGAAACACCCCCGAACUCGUGCUCUCCACCAUCGCCUGCGUCCUCGGAUGCAUCACCUCCGUAAUCGGGUGGGCCGGCAUCCUGCUCAACAACCGCUCCUUCCUCGCCGUAUACACCUUUCUCCUCUGGAUCUGCUUCGCUUUCCUCGUCGCCCCAGGCUACGUCACGUACAAGAAACGCGCCUACGCGCUCGGCAGCAAGCUCGACCUGCAGUGGUCCCGCUACCUCGGCGCCGAGGGCCGUCUGCGCAUCCAGAACAGGCUGCACUGCUGCGGCUACUUCUCCCCCUUUGCGGAGGCGACCGUGAGCGCGACGUGCUACGCGCGCACGGUCCUGCCCGGGUGCCGCGCGGCCUAUCUUACGCUGGAGAGGAACGCGCUCGAGCUGUGGUACGCGCUCGUGUUCGGGCUUGUGCCGCUGCACAUCGCGAUCAUCCUCGCGGGCCUGCUGUGCUCGAACCAUGUGACGUACCGGUUCGGCAAGGGCAUGAUGCCCAAGGCGUACAGGCUCAGUCCGGCGACGAUGGCGGUUAUAAUGGAUAACUAUGCAAAGCAACUGGCCGAGCAGUACGGCCCAGAUGUGGCCUCUGAUAUCAUCUCACGGUCGAGGCCCGAUGACCUUCAGACGCAAACUAUGAUCAGCGCGAGCGAUUUCCAGGACCUCCCCACCCCUCGUGUUCCGCCCUCUUCUAUCUAA